UGGUACCCGGGGCACAUAGCCAAGGCGGAGAGGGACCUCAAGGAGCAGUGGUACCCGGGGCACAUAGCCAAGGCGGAGAGGGACCUCAAGGAGCAGCUGCGGUGGGUGGAUGUUGUGAUUGAGGUGCGCGACGCUAGAAUACCGCUCGCCACCACGCACCCGCAGCUGGACGAGUGGAUAGGCGGGAAGCCGAAGGUGCUGGUGUUGAAUCGCGAGGACAUGGUGACAGCAGGGGACAGAAAGGCGUGGGCGGAGUACUUUGGGGGACAGCAGGAUGUUGCUGGCUUUUGCUUCACUGAUGGGCAGCAUGGGUCGGGCAUUCUGAAGCUCACUCGCCAGGCCAUGAGCGUCAGCAAGGCCAUCAACACUCGCAGAAGAGACAAAGGGCUCCGCCCGCGGGCGGUGCGGGCGGCGGUGGUGGGGUUCCCCAACGUGGGCAAGUCAGCAGUCAUCAAUCGUCUGCUUAACCGCCGAGUGGUCGCCAGCGCUCCCCGGCCCGGGGUCACCAGAGAGGUCAAGUGGGUGCGGCUGGGAGAGGGCUUGGAUCUCCUAGACGCACCGGGAGUGCUGCCGGCGAGGAUAGCAGACCAGGCAGCAGCGGCACGGCUGGCCAUGUGCAACGACAUUGGUGAAGCGGCUUAUGCUGUCGCUGGUGUGGCCGCCAUUCUCCUGGUGAUAAUAGCGGACCAGGCAGCAGCAACACGGCUGGCCAUGUGCAACGACAUUGGUGAAGCGGCUUAUGCUGUUGCUGGUGUGGCCGCCAUUCUCGUGGAGGUGCUCAAGAGACUCCCUACUGCUGGUGAGAGCUUGCUUGUAGAGCGUUUCAAAGGCCAGGCUGUGCAUCUGCUGCUGCUGCCCACUGCCGUUGCACCAGGCAGCAGCGGCACGGCUGGCCAUGUGAAACGACAUCGACCGGCUGUGCUUGGGGGUUGUGAACCAGGAGGCAGGCAGCCCACAUGCUGCUCUGCUCUGGAGCCCUUCACAUCCUUCAUGCUCUCACUCUCUACCUUUCCCUCCUCUCGCUGCAGGUUCUUAGAGGCACUGGCAGACCGGCUGUGCAUGGGGGAUGUGAACCAGGCAGCGCACAGAGUGCUCAAGGAUUUCAGAAGAGGGGCGUUUGGCUGGAUUGCCCUGGAGAGGCCCCCUGUGUGA